AUGUACAUCAUGUUUAAGGUCAUCCUGCAUCUGAGUUUUCUGUUUCUGGUGGACAGAUCUUUGUCUUCACCAAUAAAACAAAACAAAACUAAAGUUCUUAUCCUUGGCGCCGGACUCGCUGGAAUUAAAGCGGCGAAAACACUACUGGACAGAAAUAUCACCGACAUUCUGAUUCUUGAGGGAAAGAAUUACACUGGGGGAAGAAUACAUGCCAUCGAGUUUGCAAACCACUCGAUUGAAACGGGAGCGAACUGGAUUCAUUUCGUAAAUGAAGACGAAACCAAACCUAUCGUGGAUCGAAGGGACGCAAAAAAAAUGAAAGGUCUUACCUCUAAUUACUCGGACAUAUUGGUGAGGGACGAAGCAGGAAACGAUAUCACUGAUUUUGCAGUUCUGCGUGAGUUUUAUGACAAAAUUGAGCACAAAAUUGAAGACUACAAAGUAAAAUGGAAGGGCCAGCCAGACUUCUCCGCUCGUGUUGGUAUGCAGAGGAUGGGAUGGUCAGCUGAACAACCCAUAAAAAGCGUUAUUGAAUAUUUCAACAUCGAUUUCGAGUUCGCGAGGCCUCCAGAAGUGGUUUCCUUUUACAACAUGUUGGAGCGCGGAGAAGACUUUUUCAUCUCUGAUGGGCGAGGAAUAUGGUCCAUGUACGAAGAUCUUUACAAGCCAUUGGAAGCGAAGACUUUGCUGGGCAAAUUAGUCACAAAAAUCAAGCAUAAUGCCGAUUCCGUUGAAGUACAAACCUCCGAUGGAUGGAGUUACCAGGCAGAUUAUGCCCUUUGUACAUUUAGCUCCGGAGUUCUGGCCAGCGACUUGGUUACUUUCGAGCCAGCCCUUCCUGAUUGGAAAAAAGAGGCCAUUCAUAAAAAUCCGAUGUCGCCUUACACAAAAAUUUUUCUAAAAUUUCCAAAAAAGUUCUGGGAUGAUCACGAAUAUAUUCUGUACGCUUCCAAAGAACGCGGACGUUUCCCUGUGUGGCAGGAUCUGUCAAGACCCGGGAUCUUUCCCAUUUCGAGUGGAAUGUUACUGAUCACCGUAACAGGGUCUGAAGGACGAAGGAUUGAGGGACAAUUAUUUAAUGAAACAAAGGCAGAGAUCAUGGGAAUGUUGAGAAAGAUCUACGGGAAUGACAUCCCUGAAGCGACAGAUAUUUAUUAUCGCCGCUGGUCAAAGGAGCCGCUGACGCAAGGCGCAUAUUCAGAACCAGUGGUAGGUAUGACUUCAAAGGACUGGGAGAAUAUUGGAAAAAACUUAGGACGACUGUACUUUGCUGGCGAAGCGACGAGCGAAGACUGGUGCGGCUACAUGCAGGGUGCUUACCUGACCGGCGACAAGAAAGGGAACGUGAUCGCCGAUAAAAUCUCUCCACGUGAAUCUUACAACAAACGAAAGAGUGAGGCAACCCCCACCAGCCCCAGCAAACCGGGAAAACCAAAGAGUGAGGCAACCCUCGCCAAAGUGUCUUCAGUAGGAAUCUUGUUGCUCCCUCUUUGGUUAAUAACCAUGUGGAAGUAAACAAUGCAUCAAGCCGGCAAGAGAUUUGUUAUUAGCCGUGAUAGCCCCAGGGCAGCCCUUACUGACUGAUAGAGUGACAUUACUGUAACUUUAAUUAAACAUUCGUGUUGCAUAGAGGACCCACUAGAUGUAGUAGUGUACUCUGUGGGAGAAUUUGUUAGCUUUUGCUUGGUAUAUAUAGAUAGCCAUUGGCUAAAGUUACGUGCCCACGAGGGCAAGGUGCAGUAAAAUUCGAAAGUAAUUAA